AAUUGCACCGCGCACGAUUACUUCUGUUAUUGUUGUAGUUUUUGAUCAUAUUUUAACAGAAAAACUCACACAAACCUCAACCGACAAUCUCUAGAAGCUGCCCGUGAAUCUGUGGAAAUGAGUUUCAAGUAUGAAUGCGCCGACUUCUCGCAGUUUCAGGAGCAGCUGAAAAAGAUGCGUGAUCUUGAUGACAAAAUUAUCUACGCACUGAACACAUCCAUACCGACGGAAUCGUUCAAAGGUCAGGUUGAUGCUGAAGCGAAGUGCCGCGAGCUGCAUGGUCAGCUGGAGUCAGGCUACGGCCACCGACAAGAAGCGAUAAAGAAAUGUAUCGUCGUGUGUGCCGAUACGGUAAAGACACUCAAAGACAAACGCGAGGACAACAAAGACGACGUCGCUCUGAACAAACAGUUCAAAACGGAACAACGGAAAUUACGAUUACUGCAAGCGGAACUAAGCGUGGAGGAUAUUAUUCGGGAACGAACGCAGAAAACGUUCCGUGAACGUUGUAGGUUAUUUUUCCGUUUUGAUUCCCUCUAAACCAAGAGGGGGAGCCUUUCGAGCAGGCUCCACAGCAAAGUCAUAAAUGGAGCGCUAGAUUUUCGGGACAGCCAGUUCGAACUGUAUAGCAGCAUUUAUACGCGAGCAGCGCAUUUAAUUGCAGGGCGUGGUAAAAACUGUGAGUAAUUUACUGUCACUGGUUUUACCCUUGUUUUACAAAGAUUUUUAGUAGAUUCAAGUUUAUUCUGAUCGUCCGAGGUGAUCUUGUCCGCGAACCAAUAUCACUCAACUCAGCAAAAAUGUUAUAAGAUGUUGUUUACUGUAGUAAAGUGUAACAGUUGUCGAAGUAUACCGGAAGAGUUUGUGUGAUUGCGAUUCACUGUUUAGCGAUGGUUUGGAAAGAAUAAUUGCAUUUUUUUUUUGGUUGGGUUUCGAUUCGCAGUUUGGACAAGACGAAAUGCGUCUUGUGAGUUACAUUGCACACAACUUUUUUCGUAUUGCAUGCAAUAUUGCAUCGUGCGUACUGCUUUGUAUCCGAUGGCGGGUACAUUUGUAAAGGGUUAAGGUUAUUUUAAAUUUAUUAGUAUCAAAUCAAAUUAAAAUUAAUGAAAACCCCUAUAAAAUAUAUAUAAAGUGUAUAUUUCUGCGAGUGUUUGUAGCAAAGAACAAAUAUCUUACUUUGAUGG